AUGCCAGUGCUGAGCUUGUUGAACCAUCAUUGUGAUCCAAAUGUAGUAAGACACAACUACAAUGGAACUAUAGUCCUUACAGCUAUUCAACCUAUUUUCAAAGACUCACAGCUUUUCGAUAACUAUGGAUUAUUGUAUGCUACACAUCCAAAAGAAUCUAGACUUCAAAUACUUAAAAACCAAUAUUGUUUUUCUUGUGAGUGUUCGUCUUGUGAGGAUAAUUGGCCAUUGUAUGAUGUAUUAGCUGAUCAGCCACCAUCAGAAUGUAAAAUAUUUACUGACAUCAGUUUGGACUUGUUACAAAAAUCAUCAAUUAGGUUAUAUCAAAUAAUUGACAAAAUUAAAUCGAAUGAAUGUGAUGGUCUCCAAUACAUUCAGUUCUUAUACACUCAUUUGAAACUUCUUCACUAUAAUAUAAGAAGACCCUGGGGAGAGUACUGCGACUGCCAGGAAACCAUCAAAGAAAUUCUCUAUAGCACAGCCAAUAAGUUUAUUAUUGAAGAUUAUUAA